ACAAUUAUCUCACAAUAUCCUGACCUCAUAGUAAUGGCCGCCUCCAUCAUCACUCUCUCCCUUCUUUCAAUGUGCCUUAUUACUUGCUUGGCUCUCCCUCGAGACUUCUCCAUCAUCGGCUACUCGGAAGAUGACUUGAGCUCCCAUGACAGGCUGAUCGAGCUUUUUGAGUCCUGGAUGUCGAAGCACAGCAAGGUCUAUAAGAGCUUUGAAGAGAAGCUGAGGAGGUUUGAGGUCUUCAAGGAUAACUUGAAGCACAUCGAUGAGACAAACAAGAAGAAGAGCAGCUACUGGCUUGGACUCAAUGAGUUUGCCGACCUAAGCCAUGAGGAAUUCAAGGCAACGUACCUUGGACUGAGGACUGCCUUGCCAGAGAGGAGGGAUGCCAGUUCCAACUUCAGGUAUGAAGAUUCUACGGACUUGCCCAAGUCAGUGGAUUGGAGGAAAAAAGGAGCAGUGACCCACGUGAAGAACCAAGGCCAAUGCGGUAGCUGCUGGGCAUUCUCGACAGUAGCAGCUGUGGAGGGCAUAAACCAGAUCGUGACAGGGAACUUGACAUCACUAUCUGAGCAGGAGCUGAUUGACUGCAAUACAGACAACAAUGGCUGCAAUGGAGGGUUGAUGGAUUACGCAUUCUCUUUCAUAGUCUCCAAUGGUGGACUUCACACAGAAGAGGACUACCCUUAUCUCAUGAAAGAAGGCACUUGUGAAGAGAAAAGGGCUAAACUUGAGGCUGUCACCAUUACUGGCUACGAAGAUGUGCCGGAGAACAGCGAAGAGAGCCUCUUGAAGGCACUAGCCCACCAGCCUGUCAGCGUUGGUAUUGAGGCUUCCGGCAGAGACUUCCAGUUCUACAGUGGGGGUGUUUUUGAUGGGCACUGUGGAGAUGAACUGGAUCAUGGGGUGGCAGCCGUGGGGUACGGAACAUCCAGGGGUCAGGAUUACAUCAUUGUGAAGAACUCGUGGGGGCCGAGAUGGGGUGAGAAGGGAUAUAUAAGGAUGAAAAGGAAUACUGGGAAGCCUGAAGGGCUCUGUGGAAUAAACAAGAUGGCUUCUUAUCCUACUAAAGAUGAGUGAGGGAUGUCCUCAUGUUAUCCCGUGAAAAUGUCUGAUUUUAUCCGGUCUUCUUCUUAUUUGUUCUAAAUUAUUUUUUAUUUUCCCUUUCCAUGGAUGUAACUUUCAAUUGUUUCUCUUCAUGAAUAAAACAGGCGAUGCCAUUAAUUG